AUGUCAAUGCGACGUGUGCUUCAGGGUACACUUCUAAACGGCAUGACUCGCCUCAGUGGUGAUUGUGAAACUGAUGCAGUUAAUGCAGAAUGUGCAGUUGAUGCAGAUCUUUGGUUGAGCAAACCACUACUUCAGAGAGAGUACUGUGAUUACAGCUUAGAAAAGUGUUAUCUUCUGGUCUCAAACAAUCAGUGUGUUCGCCAUUUUGAGGAGUUCUGGGUUGAGCUGGAGUAA